CUUUGACCAGCAUUCGUCCCUUGUUGCAGGCCUACCUAAGUCAUCUGAGUCGUGGACGCUGUUGAGCCUGGAGAGAUCAACUCCUGAUGACUGCCGGCGUCUGAGAAGUUGGCUCGACAUCGACGCCCCUUCACGCAAAAAGUUAUCAUCAAGAACGCCCCUUCCAGCCAUGCGUAAUUGAGUGAUUCGACUUUGAUACUUGACCAGGUUUGUACUCUCUUCUGUCUUUAUUCUCUGUAUGCGUUCAAAAGACCAGUCUUGUGCGACGAACCCUACCAAGACUUGGCUAGUGGUCUCAAACCUCCUAAUAUCGCAAAAUCGCAGAAUACGAGUAUGGAGUAGGGAUGAGAUGUCGUUCUUCCGCGCUCUCAUUGACACAAUCGCUCAAUGUGCCUUCAUCGAUACGUUUUCGGAUCCCACGCGUUUAUAUACGGGCCGUCUGCACUGGUAGCUGGGACUGUACAGAUUCAUUUCGUUCGACUACAAGGCAUCUAGGAUGUUUCCAUCGAGCGACACCACAUCUGGUCAACCUGGCAUGGGAAGCCGUUGGAAGUGGAUAUCCAAGGACUCUGAGGAUGUCCCAAGCCUUGCCACAACUCGACUACCUGGAGCUUGAUAUCCUAGGACAUCUUGCAUUGCUUCGGACGUAUGUCAAGGCCUGAUUCGAGACGUUCUGGCGAUUCAUACCAGUUAUGCGACGUUAAUUGUCUAGACGGAGACAAACCUCAGAUCCGGAGUCCCUGAUGACGCCUUACCGUUCCGUUGUUGAUGAUGAUGAUGAGUUCAAUUGAGGCGUCCCAGCUGCCAAUAUGCAACUACGCACCUAUAGAUAUCUAUCUAUAUACUGUAGCAGUCUCGCUCUGCCGCGCGGUAUAGUUGUUGCCCUAAGGCGCUGUUGUUCUCCCCUUAAGUUUUGUCGAGCAGACUUACUCUGAUCCUUGUGCAAUAGAUUGAACUGUAUGCUACCGAAAGCACCUAAUAAUGAGAACAACGACAUCGGUCUUAUUGUCCGCCAUCUGGAAACCUCAGUAUAUGUCUCCACACAGGCUCUCUC